AUGGCGAGAGCAGCCGACACGGGCUGGAAGGAGGCUGGUGUUACGGCUAUCUCCUUCCUGUGGAAACGUCGUUUCCCAGAGAACUUCUCUGUCAUGGCACUGGUGAAGGCCCAGGCAGGUCUCCAGGCCUUCCUCCUCUCCAUCUACAGCGAGCAGGGCAUCCAGCAGCUGGGCAUUGAGCUCGGACGCUCCCCAGUCUUCCUGUAUGAGGACCAGAAUGGCAAGCCGGCCCCCGAGGACUACCCACUGUUCAGGGGCGUCAACCUGGCCGACGGCAAGUGGCAUCGUAUUGCCAUCUCCGUUUCCAAGAAGAACGUGACAUUGCUGCUGGACUGUAAAAAGAGGAUGACCCGGGCUCUGCCCCGUGGCAACAAUGCUGAGAUCGACACCAACGGCAUCACCGUGUUCGGGGCCCGCCUGCUCGACGAGGAAGUCUUCCAGGGAGACAUCCAGCAGCUGCUGAUAGCCUCCAACCCCCAGGCUGCCUACGACUUCUGUGAACAUUACAGCCCAGACUGUGACUCACCGCUGCCCAAGACCCAGGCCCAGGACCCCAACACAUACAAGAAGGCAGCCAAUGGAAAGCCAGCCCCCACUAAAACCUCCUCCGUCAAAGCCAAACCCACUCCAGCUAAGCCAGCCAAGGCGGGACCAUCCAAACUUGUAGUCAAGCCCGCGAUGCCCACCAAAGCCCCUAAGUCUACUGCAGCCAAAGCAUCCAAAGCCAAACCCACCGCGGUGGAAGUCCUUUUGUCUAAGAUCAAACCCACAUCAACAGCAAAAUCCAAGCCCACCGCUGCCCCAGCUAGGAACGGCAAUGGCAAAAUAGUCACUGAGAAGAAAGCAAAUGGUUCAGCUAAAGCUAAUGGAAAUGGGAAAGCCACCAUAGCCAAUGGUAAAGGUUCUGCUGAGGCCAAGCCCACGGCUCAGGCUAAAGUGAAUGGAAAUGGCAAAGCUGUGGCUGAGAAAAAAACCAAUGGGAAUGGAAAAAACUCAGCGGAAAAGAAAUCCAGUGUCGUCAAAGCCACCAGUCAGGUGAAAGCUAGCACUAAUGGCAAUGGUAAGGCUUCUGUAGAUAAAAAAGUCAAUGGCAACGGAAAAGCAACCUUUGAGGUCAAAGCCAAGGCCAAUGGCAAGGAAGAGAAUAAAGUCAAUGGUGGGGCUAAGGCUAGUGGAAACGGAAAAGCCACCGUUGUGGUGAAUAAGAAACCUAACCAAAAUGGUGCGGCAAAGUUGGCGAAAACUGAAACCACUACGAAAACCAAAGCAGAGAAAGUCAGUGUUAAAGUAGAAAAGACUGUGCUCAGUACAGCCAAAUCAGCUGCUAAAGCAGAAGCUACAAAGGCACCUAAACCAACAAAAGCGUCCAAACCUGAGCCCACAAAAUUAUGGAAAGCUGUGGCCACCAAAGCUCCUGGGGCCAAAUCUCAACUCAAGUCAGAGGUUAAAGAGGUCACCAAAGUUAAAACAGUGGUUGACAAAGUCCCCCUGGUCAAAUCGACAGUGAGCAAAAUAGAAAAAGCGAAGAGUGUGGUCCAAAAGACUGCUAUACUGAAGAAAGAGCCUCCCAUGACCACGGCUGUCCUCCCAACUCCCCCUAAACCAACAAAAUCCAAGAUGGCGGUGGACCUUAAUAAUGUCAAAUCCCAGCACAAACCAUUCCCACCAUUUGGCAAGACUGCGCUGAGCGGCACCACGGUACCAGCCAAGAAAACAACCAACGGUUAUCAACAGGAUGUAGACACUGAAUAUUCCGAGGCUGGCCACACCCCUACAGAGACGGAAUUUUAUUAUGAGGAAGCGGUCCUACAGCCAGAGGGUGAGGUGAUUGGACAAGAAGCAACCACUGGUCAGGUGGAGCAGACAGUGGUGGGCGAGGAGGUGGACGCCACCAAGUCAGGCGGUGAGGGUGAGGAGCUCUUCACAGAGGAAUAUGUGACUGGAGACGUGGGCCUGAAGGAAUACGACUAUUCCUACAGGGACUACAUCGACCCCUUACCAGAGACAGGGGAGGCUGAUGCCAACAUGGGCCCCGCCCUGUCCGCUGUGACAGAUGAGGGAGGCGCCGUCGUGAGAGCCCAGAAAGGAGAGAAGGGUGAACCUGCUGUCCUGGAGCCUGGUAUGCUGAUUGAGGGCCCCCCAGGACCAGAGGGUCCUGCAGGUCCAACCGGCCCCCCAGGAUCUUCUGGACCUCCCGGCUCUGUUGGUGAUCCUGGUGAGAGGGGUUCUCCUGGCAAGCCUGGUCUACCCGGGGCUGAUGGAGUAGCUGGACCCCCUGGAACAUCCGUUAUGUUGCCGUUCCGCUUCGGGCAGAGUGGUGGAGAUAAGGGACCCGUGGUGUCUGCACAGGAAGCUCAGGCGGCAGCCAUAUUGUCCCAGGCCAGGAUGGCUCUGAAAGGACCUCCUGGACCGAUGGGUUUCACCGGACGCCCUGGACCCCUGGGAUCUCCAGGAAGUUCUGGACUGAAGGGAGAGAGCGGAGACCCUGGUCCUCAGGGCCCCAGGGGACCACAAGGUUUAAUGGGACCUCCAGGCAAAGCAGGAAGAAGGGGUCGUGCUGGAGCUGAUGGUGCGAGGGGAAUGCCAGGAGAGUCUGGAAUUAAGGGUGACCGUGGUUUCGAUGGCCUGCCAGGUUUGCCAGGAGACAAAGGACAUAGGGGUGACACAGGACCAAUGGGACCCCUUGGAUCCACUGGAGAGGAUGGAGAGAGGGGAGAUGAUGGAGACAUUGGACCCAGGGGUCUCCCAGGUGAACCAGGGCCCCGUGGUUUGCUGGGACCCAAGGGUCCACCUGGAAUCCCCGGAUCUCCUGGUGUGCGUGGAAACGAUGGACCACACGGCCCCAAGGGAAACCUGGGUCCACAAGGAGAGCCUGGUCCCCCAGGACAGCAGGGAACCCCAGGAACUCAGGGAAUGCCAGGACCCCAGGGAGCCAUCGGACCCCCAGGAGAGAAGGGUCCUACAGGAAAGCCAGGUCUGCCCGGCAUGCCUGGAGCUGAUGGACCCCCUGGUCACCCAGGAAAGGAGGGGCCUCCUGGCACCAAGGGUAACCAGGGUCCCAGCGGUCCACAGGGAACUAUUGGCUAUCCUGGUCCUCGCGGCAUCAAGGGGGCUCAAGGUAUCCGUGGACUGAAAGGACACAAGGGAGAGAAGGGUGAAGACGGUUUCCAUGGAAUCAAGGGAGACUUUGGACCCAAGGGAGAGAGGGGCGAGCUUGGAGUGCCUGGGCCCAGGGGAGAAGAUGGCCCUGAAGGGCCAAAGGGACGCGUUGGACCCCCCGGUGAGAUUGGACCCAUUGGACUCGUCGGAGAGAAGGGUAAACUUGGUGUCCCCGGAUUGCCUGGUUAUCCUGGCAGACAAGGUCCUAAGGGAUCUCUUGGAUUCCCUGGAUUCCCUGGAUCCAAUGGAGAGAAGGGAACAAGGGGUCUGAUCGGGAAGCCUGGACCGCGAGGACAGAGAGGCCCAACGGGUCCCAGAGGUCAGAGGGGACCCAGGGGUUCAACUGGUAAACCAGGAGCGAAGGGAACAUCAGGAAGUGACGGCCCACCCGGUCCUCUAGGAGAGAGGGGGCUGCCCGGACCUCAGGGGGCCAACGGUUUCCCCGGACCAAAGGGACCUCCCGGACCACCAGGAAAGGAUGGACUGCCUGGCCACCCAGGACAGAGAGGAGAAGUCGGAUUCCAAGGGAAGAUGGGUCCACCUGGGCCUCCCGGAGUCGUUGGACCUCAGGGCCCAUCAGGAGAGACCGGCCCCAUGGGCGAGCGUGGACACCCAGGACCCCCAGGCCCACCCGGAGAGCAGGGUCUUCCCGGCCCCUCAGGGAAGGAGGGAACAAAGGGAGACCCCGGUCCCCCAGGUGGUCCCGGUAAGGAUGGACCCCCAGGACUGAGAGGUUUCCCUGGAGAGAGAGGACUGCCUGGUACCCCUGGAGGUGGUGGACUGAAGGGAAGUGAAGGACCUGCCGGACCUCCUGGACCUGCUGGUUCUCCUGGUGAGAGGGGACAGUCUGGUACUGCUGGACCCAUCGGACCCCCUGGCAGACCGGGCCCUCAGGGGCCUCCCGGACCCGCCGGAGAGAAAGGAGUUCCUGGUGAGAAAGGCCCCAUUGGCCCAGCAGGACGUGACGGAGUUCAGGGACCCGUGGGUCUGCCCGGCCCUGCUGGACCCCCUGGCGUGCCCGGAGAGGACGGAGACAAGGGUGAGGUUGGAGAGCACGGUCAGAAAGGAUCCAAGGGGGAGAAGGGAGAGCACGGUCCUCCUGGUCCACCUGGUCCAAUGGGUCCAGUCGGUCAGCCUGGCGCUGCUGGGGCUGAUGGAGAACAAGGCCCUCGUGGUCAGCAGGGGCCUUUUGGAGCCAAGGGUGAUGAAGGAUCCAGAGGGUUCCCCGGAGCCCCAGGACCCAUUGGACUUCAGGGACUGCCAGGACCAUCAGGAGAGAAGGGAGAGACUGGAGAUGUUGGACCCAUGGGUCCUCCCGGCCCCCCAGGACCCCGUGGCCCUGCUGGCCCCAACGGUGCUGAUGGUCCGCAAGGUCCACCUGGUGGCAUAGGUAAUCCUGGAGCUAUUGGAGAGAAGGGAGAGCCCGGUGAAUCAGGACCCCCAGGAAUUGGAGGAGAGCCCGGAAAGAAGGGUCCCCGUGGAGAACGUGGCGAGAAGGGAGAGGCAGGACAACCUGGAGUUUCAGGGCCCCCUGGAGGAAGAGGCCGCCCCGGCGAUGAUGGACCUAAAGGAAACCCAGGACCCGUUGGCUUCCCAGGUGACCCCGGUCCCCCUGGUGAGGUCGGACCCAGAGGUCAAGAUGGCGCAAAGGGUGAGAGAGGAGAGGAUGGUGAACAAGGAGAAGCUGGCUCCCCAGGACCCACUGGUGAGAACGGACCUCCAGGCCCACCAGGAAAGAGGGGUCCUGCUGGGACCAGAGGACCUGAGGGACGUCAGGGAGAGAAGGGAACCAAGGGAGACCCAGGUGCCAUCGGUCCUCCAGGAAAGACCGGUCCCGUUGGCCCCCAGGGUCAGCCAGGAAAACCAGGAACGGAGGGUCUCAGAGGACUGCCAGGAUCAGUGGGUGAACAAGGAUCUCCUGGUCUUGCUGGACAGAAAGGACCACCUGGACCUAUUGGACCCCCUGGUUUGGCCGGCCUGCGUGGAGACCCUGGUGCCAAGGGUGAGAAGGGUCACCCAGGUCUCAUCGGUCUCAUCGGACCCCCAGGAGAGCAGGGAGAGAAGGGAGACCGAGGUCUACCAGGGCCCCAUGGAUCCACCGGCUCCAAGGGAGAGACUGGUAUGGCCGGUGCUACCGGACCCAUUGGCCCUGCUGGUCCUCCUGGUCUGCCUGGUCCUCAAGGUAUCAAGGGAGCUAAGGGUGCUACCGGAGGUGCUGGGCCCAAGGGAGAGAAGGGUGUGCAAGGACCUCCUGGACCCCCUGGUCCACCUGGCGACGUCAUACAGCCCCUCCCCAUCCAGCGGAGCCCCAAGUCCAAGCGCUCCAUCGACGCCAGCAAGCUGCUCCCCGAGUCUGACGCCGAAAUGCCGGCGGCAGACGCCACUGGCACCGAGUUCCUGACAGGCAGCGAGGGCAUGGAGGAGAUCUUCGGCUCGCUCAACUCUUUACGGCAGGAGAUCGAAAACAUUCGCUUCCCCCUGGGCACCCAAGAAAGCCCCGCUCGCACCUGCCAGGACCUGCACCUCAGCCAGCCGGACUUCAAAGACGGGGAGUACUGGAUCGACCCCAACCAGGGCUGCUCCAGAGACGCUUUCAAGGUCUUCUGCAACUUCACUAACGGGGCGGAGACCUGCCUGUUCCCCAGCAAGGCCGUCAGCCCGGUGAAGAUGAGCUCCUGGGACAAAGACGCCCCAGGAUCCUGGUACAGCCAGUUCGCCACCGGCAGCAAGUUCUCCUACGUGGACUCCAGCGGUGAGCCAGUGGGAGUGGUCCAGCUGGGCUUCCUGCGCCUGCUGAGCGUCCAGGCCCGUCAGAACCUCACCUACCACUGCCACCGCUCGGUGGCCUGGGCCGACCGCACCGCCAAGAACAACCACAAGAGGGCGCUGCACUUCCAGGGCGCCAACGACGAGGAGCUGAGCUACGAGACCAGUCCGUACAUCAAAGCCCUGGUCGACGGCUGCUCCUUCCGUAAGGGCUUCGACAGGACAGUCCUGGAGGUGAACACGCCUCAGCUGGAGCACCUCCCUCUGCUGGAUAUAAAGGUCACAGACUUUGGGGAGAGCAACCAGCAGUUUGGCUUUGAAGUGGGACCUGUCUGUUUCCAAGGCUAAACACACACUCACAACGUAACACACCAUACCAAGAACACCUUCCAAAGAGAAAAGAAAAAUCACACACGCCAUGACAUCACACACACACACACACA